AUGGUCCGACCUAUCCUACUCUCCUCCGUUGCAUUGCUCGCGCCAGCGGUUGUACAUGCGCAGUACAGCCAAGUAAAGGAAUAUCUGGGGUCAUCUUUCUUCGACGACUGGAAUUUCUAUAACAACUACGAUAAUCUCACCAGCGGCAAUGUCUUCUAUGUCAGUUCCUCGACUGCAGGAAAGGAUCAGCUCGCAUACAUCAACGAUGCGGGGAAUGCGAUUAUGAGGGUGGACAAUACUACAAAAGUCGCGGUAGGCGGUAACCGCAACAGUGUACGGAUCUCAACAAAAGAUCAUUUCACUGUGGGGAGCUUGUGGAUUACAGACAUGGUCCAUGUGCCAUAUGGGUGUUCUGUAUGGCCCGCGUUCUGGUCGUCGGCAGUAGAUUGGCCAAGUGGUGGAGAGAUUGACACGUUCGAGGGCGUGAACCAAGUCACAAUGAACCAAAUGGCGCUCCAUACCGCUAAUGGAUGUACGCACUCCCCCAACGCGGUCCAGACAAGCACGCUAGUCAAUUCGACAGACUGUUCAACGGCAGCAAACGGCAACCAGGGCUGUGUGGUCACGACGCCAACCACCAGCUCAUAUGGCGCAGGGUUCGCCGCCGAUGGCGGAGGAAUGUUCGUGACGGAGUUCGCAUCUUCUGGCAUCUCAAUAUGGUUCUUUAACGCAAGUCGCUCGUCCAUCCCAUCCGUCCUCCAGGGCAAUGCCAGCUCCGUUGAUACAUCGAGCCUUGGCACGCCAACCGCGAACUGGCCAUCAAGCAAUUGUACCAUAGCGGAAUUUUUCCAGCCCCAGGCGCUUGUGUUUGACAUUACGCUCUGUGGAGAAUUUGCUGGAAACGGCAACGUCUUCUCAGAGACAUGCACCGGCGUUUGCUACGAUGACUGGGUUAUCGGGUCUCCAUCGAAUUAUGAUAAUGCGUACUUCGAGGUUCAGUAUGUCCGGGUAUACGGCCAAUCGGGAGAGCUCACGGUGAUCUCGGGCGCUCCACGAUCUCUGGGGGCGCGCACCGGUUUACUUUUGCUCGUUGCGACUGCUGUUGGCAUACUGUUUGCGCUUUAA